UAAUAUAACAUUAUAAUAGAAUCUAGAUCUAUAAUAUAAUUUCAUUACGUUCAUACAGUUCAAACUUUAUGCAGAACGUCUUUCUUUAAAGUUUAAACUGGAGAGGAUAUUUCACAAUUAUUCACUUUUGGUUUACAAACUGAAGGAGUAGAUUGGAGAUUCUAACUAGACAUCUAGAUCUAGAUCUAGAUAGACUGUUUCAAGAUCUAGUUGUUCGGAAUAGCCCCAACAAGCAGUAGCUGGAUCUAGAAGAUAGUUAUAAAUCUAGUACUUUGAUUUUAGAUUCAAUCUAGAUUUCUAGAUCUCAAUAACACCGUACACUGGGAAAAAAAUUAUUUGUAUUCUUCACUCCAUCCACUCAUUGAAUUAGAACUGGUGAGAACAAGGACAUAUUUCAAAGCUUAUGUUGUUUAAUCUUUAUACCUUUAUACAUUAUAAAAUAAGUUUGAGUGUAAGUGUCCAGCCAACUGACCAGCCAACUGUCCAGCCAACUGACCAGCCAACUGACCAGCCAACUGUCCAGCCAACUGACCAGUCAACUGUCCAUCAUGGCUAUCCCUGGGAGUCUUGCAGGCAACAAACAGUUGCUGGAGAAAUAUUUGAGCAUGGAGCAGCCUGGUGACGAGGUUAUGGCAGAAUAUGUGUGGAUAGACGGAACAGGGGAGGGCAUCAGGAGUAAAUGUCGUACUUUGGACUUUGACCCCAAGAAACCAGAAGACUGCCCCAUUUGGAACUUUGAUGGUUCUAGCACUUACCAAGCCGAGGGCUCCAACUCAGACAUGUACCUGUACCCAUGUGCUAUAUUCAGGGACCCCUUCAGGGGUGGCAAAAAUAAGUUGGUCUUGUGUGAGGUCUACAAAUACAACAAGAAGCCUGCAGAAACCAACCGCAGAAAGACUUGCAAUGAAGUGAUGAAACAGGCAGCCCACGCCCACCCCUGGUUUGGCAUUGAGCAGGAGUACACACUGUUGGACUAUGAUGGUCAUCCUUUUGGCUGGCCCAAGAAUGGCUUCCCUGGACCACAAGGGCCCUACUACUGUGGCGUGGGCUCCAAUAAAGUCUACGGCAGGGAUGUGGUUGAGGCCCACUACAGGGCGUGUCUGUAUGCCGGGGUCAAGAUUAGUGGAUGUAACGCGGAGGUUAUGCCAGCUCAGUGGGAGUUUCAAGUGGGACCCUGUGAGGGGAUCACCAUGGGAGACCACCUGUGGAUAGCCCGCUACAUCCUACACAGAGUUGCUGAAGACUUUGGUGUGAUUGUCACCCUUGACCCCAAGCCUAUGGAAGGUGACUGGAAUGGUGCAGGUGCUCAUUGCAACUAUAGCACACAUGACAUGCGGCAGCCAAAUGGCAUCAAGGCCAUUGAAGAGGCAAUUGAGAAAUUGUCCAAGCACCAUGUCAGACAUAUCAAAGCCUACGACCCCAGAGAAGGCAAAGAUAACGAGCGGCGCCUGACUGGGCGUCAUGAGACCUCCAGUAUCCACGACUUCUCUGCUGGUGUUGCCAAUCGUGGGGCCAGUAUACGCAUACCGCGACAGGUGGCAGAAGACAACUGCGGCUACCUGGAGGACAGACGACCAUCGUCCAACUGUGAUCCCUACGCUGUCACAGAGGUCCUGGUCAGGACAACUGUCCUGUCAGAAUAGUCCUGGUCAGGACAACUGUCCUGUCAGAAUUGUCCUGGUCAGGACAACUGUCCUGUCAGAAUUGUCCUGGUCAGGACAACUGUCCUGUCAGAAUUGUCCUGGUCAGAACAACUGUCCUGUCAGAAUAGUCCUGGUCAUCCAAGUGUUCUGACAAAUUUGUUUCUUCAUUUCCAUUGACUCAAGUACCAGUCUAGAUCUGUGUAGAAAGUUGUUUAACCCACAGAGUUGUAGAUCCACUUGUUCAACACACUCCACAUUUUCUAUCUAAUGCUUGUCUGGUGGUUGUAUGCUCCUUCUAUGGCUUGCAAGUUUGUGUAUUUGAUGAUCCAUUUCUUUAGUUCAAAAGAUUUUAUAAUAUGCUCCAUUGUUAAUGAGAUUAAUGUUAAUGAAAUGUCUCUUGUUUAAGAAUAUUUUUUCAAAUGUUAGAGAACUGUCCAUUGGAUGAAUGUUGGAUGUGACAUGGUCCAAUGUAGCAUUCAUGAAGCAUUGGAAUAUUGUAUAAAAAUUAUACUUUGACA